CUUCACCGUGUCCUGCCUACGACACCACUUCCGUUUUGUGUUCGUUUGAAACAGACAAACAGGUGUAGUUACCGUGAUAAUUAGCAGCUGUUUUACGGUGUAACACGGCUCAACACAGACACAGUAGGUUCACCUGUGCUGUGCACGCCUGUGUUUAGGUGAUGUUGCAGCCGCAUUACGAACACUGUCUUCUCCUUUUAUUACACUGUAUAAUUAAAAUGAUACACCGCUGGUAUUCACUCUAAUGGUGCACCAUAAAACCUAGUGUUAACGCGCAGCCUCUUUCUGUAUUUAUAUUGUUACUGAGUGUGUGCGCGCUGGUCGUAAGUGUUGGAGACAAACACCAAUGGUUAACAGGUCUGUGACCGAGGAGCGUGCACACUGUUCUCUGGAAGAUACUGAAGCCCCUGGAGCCUCUUUAUGAGCAUUUGUCUUAUAGAUAAUAAUCGUGCGCUCAGCUUGUUCCACCACAAGACCAGUCCGGUUGAGGCUGCUCCUCUGGCAGCAGGUGGUGUGACAUGUGCACCGGGGAAGUCAUCCUCUUCUGCCCGUGAUGGUCAGUAAACGGCUCUAAGGUGCUCGCUCCAGACAGUAGAGGUGGGAAAAGUGACUCGGGAUGCUCGGUCAAUCUCCUCACCUUAUCGGGGGCAUCUUGUGGAUCCAGAAUCCAAUGAGAGCUGUUCACUGCAACCUGAGCCAGAAUGGCAUUGACCACCAGAUGUGCCCGGAGGACAUGACGUCACAGCCGGAGGAGGAGGAGGAGUCUGUGGACGCAGGGUCUCUGCUGCUUGACGACGACAGCCCGAGCUACCAGGACGUCAGCCCCCUCAUGUACCAGCGCCGCGCGCCGCCACAGCGCUCCGUCUCCGAGUCUGAGCUGUCACGGCCAGGAUAUGUGAAGCUGUCUAAGCCGGUGGCCCUGUGGACCCAGCAGGAUGUGUGCAAAUGGCUGAAGAAACACUGUCCCAAUCAGCACCAGAUCUACAGCGACUCCUUCAAACAGCACGAUAUCACAGGGCGAGCUCUGAUGAGAUUGACAGACAGAAAGCUGGAAAGAAUGGGCAUCAUGCAGGAAGCCCAGAGGCAGCACAUCCUGCAGCAGGUCCUGCAGCUCCGCGUCCGCGAGGAAGUCCGGACCCUUCAACUCCUCACACAAGCACUUCCAGCAGCCGCCCUCCUCCAUCACCUCUUCCAGCAGCAGCCCGUCUGCCCACAGACUCUCAAGCAGGGCUCUGCCGCAGGGGCUGAGAAACAAAUUGUAGGGAUCUUUGUCACUCUGCGAAAUUCUUGGAAAACAUUUGGAGUGUAAUAAAGCAGCUCCUAUCCCCCGCUGCUGUUUUGGUCCCCUAUAGCAAGUGGGAAAUAGAAAGAGAAAGAGAGUGCAAUUGAGAGUUUAGCUGAGUGAUGACACUUUGCUGAGGGCUACUCUCAGCCUUCUCGUGGUUUCUUUGCCGCUCUUUUUCUCCUCUCCUCACCUCUGUAUUGAUGAUAUGGGAAGCGACGGCUCACCUUGCCUCAGCAGCUUUAGGCGGCUGGCCUCAGAAGGAAGCAGCCUGUUAGUGGAGGCUACUUGUGCCUCGGGGAAAGAAAAGUGGUUGAUGAAGGGAAUAUGGAAAUGUAAACAAAAGGAUGUGGAUGAAGAGGGAUGUAUAUGUUUUGAGUUCAGGAAAUUGGAUGUACAUGCUGUUUUGCAUGUGAUUAAUUAUGUAUAAACGCCUAAGAAUCCUCACAGGAAGUAAUAAUUCAUUAUAAGGGAGGAAAUGGUCUUGGAAUUGAACACAUUCACUCAGAUAUAAACAACUUUUAUUUGAUAUUGGGUUGUUUUUUUUUGUUGUUUUUUUUAUCAUCACCAUUGUUUAACUGAAAGUAACACAUGUGGAGCAGUGAGAAAAGGAAGAGCAAUUAAACCAGAGGUAUUUCAAGUAUCCUGAGCUGUUGCUUCCAGAGUUGCUUUUGGCAGGUAGCGAGAAAUUGGAAGGAGAAGAAAUGGUGGAGUAUUUCCAGGCCCAAGGCGCACUUUCUCAACUCUUGCUAGAGGGAAAUACAGCUGUAACCGGCAGGAAGCUGAGCCAGAAAGAGAAAGAAGUGAAGUGGAAGGUAGGAGUAGCGGCGAUGAGAUGAUGAAGAGAAAGAAAGGAAGAGGAGGUAAAGUGAGAAGAGUUGGGGAAGAGAGAGACAGUAAGUGACAAAAAGGUAUGAUGAGGGAGUAAAGGAGAUAGAGGCGGUGAGAAGAUGGAGAGAAUGGAAAGUGAGAAAGAGACGAGGUGAGAAAAGGAAACCCUUACAGUAUAUUACUCUACCCUCCCUCUGACGCCUGAUGGAACACAAAUGUAUUUCUGUAUUUACGAAAUAUUUAUGUAUUAAAUAGUCUAUAAAUAUACUGCAAGCACUCAUAUAAAAGCCAGAAUUCAAUAACAGUUUGUAUUGAUUAUUCCACCUUGAGUUACCUUUGUUCACUUGCCAUAGUUUAACACUUCCUGUACAUGUUUCACAUUAAAAGGCUCCCAUGCCUUUUUGCCAUGGAUGAGCCCCCAGGCUUGAAUGUGAAACAUGUCGUUAGGAAAUCUUUUUUUCUUGGCAGGAGGUGUUCCGUUAAGUGUCUAAAUAAGGACAAAAAAAUGGCUUAAGUUUAACCGACGAGAAUUAAAGAAGCAUUUCUCCUAAAACAUUGCAAGUGGUGAUGGUACUGUAUAGGGAGUGUUGAUGGAAGUAGUGGAAUUAUACUAAGUUUAUCAAGAGAGCAGGUACACAUUAUCUGGCAAAGUAAAGUCCCCAGGCAUUGACAGGAAAUAUGUCUAUAUGAGAGCGAUCAGAGGGGCACCAUCUAUAUAGGAAGACAAACAUGAUGGAGCAGACAGAAAGAGCGAGGGAAGCGUCUAUAGAUGUAUAAAGAGAGAGGUGCAGAACAGAGCGCUGGAGCGAGAAAGGUGCACAAUGGAGAGAAAUGUGAGAGCAGGAGAGGGAGCGAGGUGUUGUAAUUACUGCAGUGUACCCAGACAGAAUUAGCUAGACGGACAGUGAUUAACCUUUAAGGCUUGCUGGGCCAUGGGAGGGAAAUAAUUAGAUUUCCCCUGUCUCUUUCUCUCUCUCUGUCUCCCUGUGCCACGGGGACAGCUGAGAGUGGAUGCUCAUCGCUUAUUGCUUACAGUCAACAGAGGUGGACAGAGGGGCUCCAAAUAGAAAGUGAUACCCAAACAACAGCGGCCUCUGAGUGUCCACCUGAUGGGGGCCCUUUGGAGUCAGGGUGCUUAGAUCCACCGUUCCCUUAAACCUCUUCUUAAUGAUGACAUGAGUACUCUAGCUGUAGGGAGAGUGACAAAAAAAGAGCGUGAUAAAGAAGUUGAAAUAUUGCUUACCUUCUCAUCUUUGCCCAAUCACUGCAAACAUGCUCGUCAGUUUCAAAAAGGCUGGGUGGAGAUGGUUUCAGACGUCGUUCGACAAUCUAAAAAGCAAUCUGAAGCACGCUGACCCACUUAGUUCGACAAUAUACGUGAUUAUAUAAAUCAAGUACAGCUUUGGACACUAAUUGCACGUGACAUCAGUAUUGCUGUUAACAUUGUUUGCGCCUAGUAUCUUGACAUAAUAAUGGCAAAUAGUGAACAAGCUUCAUAAAUGAACAAAGCAAACACAUCGGAAAACUUUGCUCGCUUUUUCUCAUUAGCAUAACAACUUGUAUACUCUUGAAAGGAAAAAUGCUCCACAUAUUCUUAAUAACUUUAUUAUAAAAUAACAUUCAACAUUUUGUAAGGAGUUUUGUGACAAAGUAGUCUGAUAGAAGUCAUUGUUUUUGUUUUUUCGAAUUAAAGUGGUUGAAAGCCAAUUAUUUAUUGAAAAUAUAUUGAAAGUAUGCCUAAAGAUAAGACACACACACAUACACACUUACACACACAGAAACGGCAUCAAUGUCAUCAGCUGAAAACAGUUUUUCUAAAUGAAAUGACAUUAUUUAAGAAAUGAUAAUCAAAGACAUUUGUGUUGCUUUUACAAAUCUAACUGACUUCGCGAUAAUGACCUGCCUUCCGUUUCAACCAUACUCCUUCCGUUUCCACUAUACUUUCUCUCACACAUAC